AUGAGAAAAAAAGGUGGAGCAUGGGAUACUUCCAUCGGGAUAGGCUGGUUGGUGGAGUUAUCACGUCGUGGUAUACUAAAAAGCGGUUUAAGUACUGUAUGGCUCGAUGAUCUUAUGGAAGAAUGGGAAAAAAUCCAAAGUUCCUCCGUCAGCGUUCCUUUUAUUCCUUCAUCUGAUCUUCCGAAGGUUGAGGAAGUGAGAGGAUUUAAUGCCGAAGAACUUAAUGACUUUUUGAAAAGGAGGUUAAACGACAUUGAUAAUCAAAUAAAUACGUUAACAGCUGAAGAAGUAGAUGGUUUAACCUUUUUUAAUUUAACACACGAAGGUCUUAAAGCUUAUGGAAUAUCUCUUAAAGCUUCUACAAAAAUCAUAAAAUUGAUUAAUGACAUUCAAGGAA